AUGCGCAAGGAAGUUUACUUGUAUGGCAUCGCGCCAUGCACUGGCGGGCUGGCUUUUGGCUAUGAUACCGGCUCAAUGAGCGGCAUCCUGGCGAUGCCUCAGUUUCUCGAAUUCUUCCAUCAUCCAAGCAACUUCUUACAGGGUGGCAUCACAGCAGCAAUCCUGGCUGGAGCUUUCGCUGGGUCUCUUCUGACCGGUGCAUUUCUUGCAGACCGACUUGGCCGCAGGUACACCAUCUUGUUAGGAUCGACCGUUUUUACCAUUGGUUGUGCCAUUUCGUGUGCGGCGAACAAUGUCGAAGCCCUCGUCGCAGGUCGAGUCAUCAAUGGUCUUGGCAAUGGCUGCUUAACUAUGAUGGUAACCAUGUAUCAAAGCGAGAUUGCACCUCGAGAGAUUCGGGGACGAAUCAUUAGUAUAUUCCAGUGCUUUGUGAACUUUGGUAUACUUAUCGCCUUUUGGAUUCAGUUCGGAACCAGCCACAUUCGAAGUGAUGCUUCGUGGCGGCUCCCAAUGGGCUUGCAAAUGGUUGCCACCAUCACACUACACAUAACCAUGUGGUUCAUGCCAGAAUCGCCCAGAUGGCUAAUCCAACAAGAUCGCCAAGACGACGCUCUUCGUGUUCUUGCCCAAGUCCAUGCGGGCGGCGAUAUUGACGAUGCUUAUGUGCACGCCGAAUUUUCAGAGAUCGUAGCCAAGAUUGCUUUUGAGAAGUCCCAUCCGCCGCCAAGUUAUUUCGAUCUCUUGUUAGGGAGCGAGAGGCGGCGCAUGUGGAUUGGCAUAGGAGUACAAUUUUGGCAAUCCAUGACUGGUAUCAAUGUAAUUAUGUAUUACGCAGUCUUUUUAUUCCAACAAGCCGGACUAAGCGAGACCUCAUCAUCUCUCCUAGCAAAUGGCUUGCAAGGAGUUGUACUUAACCUCUUCACUUAUCCUAACAUGUACUACAUGGACAAAUGGGGGCGUCGGUGGCCCAUGAUCAUUGGUGGUAUUGGCAUGGGGAUCUCAAUGCUGAUAAUCGGUGUUGUCAUGAAAACGGGUGGAAAUCCCAUCUAUGACCCAAUAACCCAAAAAACCAAUUUCGACUUCUCUUCACCCGCAGCUUCCCAAACCGUAAUUGCCUUUGUUUAUGUCUAUGUGGCCGUGUUCGCAAUCACCUGGGCUUGUGUUGCUUGGGUGUAUCCGCCAGAGAUCUUCUCUAUGAGUAUGCGUGGUCGUGCAACGUCAAUAACAACCGCGACAAACUGGUUUGUGGUAAGCGCAGCGGUUUCUUCAUACACUUUUCUCGAACACCAAGCUGAUAUUGUUUGA